AUGUCUGCUAUCAGGACGUUUGUCAAAUUCAGUCGUGUGCUACGUGCGCAAACCGGGGCUGGACGGACCAGCAAUCAAUCCUGGUUGAAACUUGGCGCAUUCGCAUCUACUGGCGAUGCGGAACAGGAAGCCUGCUGGAAUGACCUUAAGAAUGCCGAAUUAGCCGUAGCAAAUACUGUGGAAGCAGCACAAAGAAGCCAUGAAGGGGUAGACUGGGCUAAAUGGGAGAAACUAAUCUCCCAUAAAGAGAUAUUGCAACAUAUGAAGCAGACAUAUGACGCUAAUAUCGCGAUGAUAGAACGCUCUGCUGCCGAAGAAGGGGAUCUAAGCCACCUGGAAGGUGACUGGGAACUAUACGAAACUGCAAGGCAAAACUGCAGGCAGGCCAUGCGCACUGUAAACAAGAUAGUUGCUGACGGAUCAAAAGCACUAUGGGUCUCCCAAAAUAACCCGCCAGUAUGGAAAGUAGACACUAAUGAGUGGCUCGAGAGCGACCAAUAUUGGCAAGCAUUCGUGGAAAAACAUGCCAUGUACUCCCAGUCUGGCGAUGCACCUGAUCCAGAAGCACCAGCCGUAAUAGAUGCCAACAAAGCAAGCUGGAACUCGAAAAUGGCCAAAUUCAACGAACGAACAGAUACACCCAUGCUAUAUGACUAUAUGCAUCACCUUCCAGCAUGGGAAUACUAUGACAUCAACAGAAAACAAUUCUACGAACAUAUGACAUAUUUCCUCCUGCGAACCGGUGAUGAUUUCAGACAUUUCCCAGAUAUGCCACCAUGGCAGUGGAUUACCCAUAUCGAGGACCUUAGGUUCAAACAGUUUGCAGUCAUGCAAAGACGCAAAGAACGCAGACAGAUGGAACGGGUAGCACGGUUCGAACCUGAUGAUUUUGGAACAGGAGAAGAACAGACCGGUGAGGAGGCUCAGAUGGCUAUUAUGGCACACGAGAAGCACGCCACCGAACUAACAUUGGCAAAACUUAUGGGCAACUUCGCAUUCUUAUGCGACCCUCUAGUACCGGUACAAUCACGAUUCCAACUUCAGUACGUACUGUCCAAGGACAAACACGCCGAACAUGGUGGAACACGCCUACUAUCGUUGGGAGAAGAUGUCAAUGCACUUUUCGUACUACCAAGGAACGCCGCAAUAGAAGCGCCGAUACCGUCGCCACUGGAAUGCUUUCAUAACAUGAUGGAACAUUACAGAAUAUCUGGGUUACGCAUAAAUCCGACAUAUGCAACGAGAGCAGAACAUCAAACUGAACUUAUUCACCAGAGAGGCCCCAACUGGCUCAAACUACCACAAGAGACGGUCAUGGAGGCAUACCUCCGACGUAUGCGCUGCGAUGACCCAUUGAGAAGCGCAUUUGAAGAAUACGCCAGUGAACUACGUGAAAGGAUCGCAGGUGCCACAGAAGUACCGCCAGAACAAUGGGAAAAUGCAAUUGCUGCGGUAGAGGAACGCGCCAAACAAGACUACAUUGCCGUAAAGAAGUUGGAGGGAGCAAAACACGAAAAGAAUGCUCAGAAACUGAUAGCACAAGAUCUACAGAAACUUAUAAACGAUGGACACGUAUUGGUCAUCGACCCCGCCACCAAUACCGCGCUAACAGACGCCGCGCAGGUAGCAACAGAACUCAAAUGA